UCGCUCCGUUUUUUUAACGCCAAUCUUUCGUUUAAGGAAGUGACGUCAGGCACACGGUGACUCUCGUGUCUCUCGUGACUCUCGUGGUGUAGAGCGAAGUCAGCGGAGUGAUGCGAGUCAUUUACGUUUCGGCGAGCAGGUCGUUGUCGUAGUGUCUGUCGCGAUUAAUCGGACGCCGUUCGUAAUUGGGGUUGAUGACGGGAAAUCGACGUUUUUAUGCAUAAAAAUCUUCUGCAUCCACCGGUAACAUGAAAUUGUGGAUCGUAAUAGCACACAUUACAUUAGUCGCCACUAAUCUAUGGGUCACAGCCCACUUCCAGGAAGAAGUGCCCGAGGAUAAUGAAUUUGCAGAAUUUGAAGAUUUUGAGGAGGAAAAGCCAAGUGUGCUCAUCGAACGCGUACCAGAUAAUCCAGAAUUGUCUCAGGAGGAGGAAUUGAAUCAAGAUUUCGAGGAGGACGAUGUCCUGGUUACGGACGGUGACAGUGAAUUCGAUCACUUCCAAGACGAGGAAGAAUUUGAAGGACUGGACGUUGCGGGUGGCAACGCCGGUCAGAAAACCGACGAACCUUCCACGUUGACCAUUACGAAAGUUCCGUUCCAUCUGCGGGAGAGAUGGGACAGUUAUUACUUAGAAAUACUAAUGCUCACUGGACUGGUGGUAUACUUUAUAAAUUACGUGGUGGGACGUACCAAAAAUGCCCAUAUAGUCGAGCAAUGGCUGACAGAUCAUAAGCAGCUUUUGAUGGAUAAUUUUUCCCUCGUCGGCCAGUCAAGCAAAUCGAAUGAGAACGCGAGUGACAACGGUUUCGUAAGACAGAGCGAGUCGCAGUACCAGUUGUACUGCUCCGGGCGUGUCGGCUGUGAUUCCAUGCUUAUCGAGAUGAAAUUAAUAAAGCGGCAAGACCUGGUCGCUGUAUUGGCUCAACUAGUGCGUCCGCAAAACGAUCAGGUUCACAUAGAGGUGGAGCUCUCCAAAGACGAGAUAGAUAAUUUCGUUUUAGCGGUCGCCACGAAGCGGCUGGCGAUGCACCUGGUGCGCGACAUGGCCGACAUUAGCGUGUACUGUCCGGAGAAACGGUCUGGGGAGAAGUUCGGUCUUCCGUCGGGCUUUUACGUGAUGUCUGAGAUUCCAGAGGCAACGGCGGCUAUCUUGGACACCAGGAUUCAGCAAGCCUUCACGAAGUUUGCGCCUUACAUAGAAUACAUACACAUUAGUGAUCAAUUCAGUGGGCGCAAGCCCCAGGAAGAUACUACUCAGUUAACAAUGCCUGAGGUUAAAAGAAUAUUGGUGAUGAUCCUGAAUAUAAAUCUUAAGGGCCGCACGUGCAAUCCAGAGACUCAAGAGAAACUUAAACUUUUACUCCAACUUGCUUUCUAUUUAAUUGAUAAAUUGCGACGUUUUAAAUUAUCCAAAGAGGGUAAAAAUAAAGCGGAUAAAAAUCGACUCAGAGUCGAGGAAGCCUUCCUGAAAACAACGCACGCCGCGAGGGCCGAAGCCGCGGCGCAAAGACGAGAGGAGCGUCGCAGGGCCGAGCAGGAAAGAAUCCUCCAAGAGGAAGAUCCCGAUAAACAACGGAAGUGGGAGGAAAGAGAACAACGAAGAUUGGCCAAAAAACGUGCUCCGAGAAUGAAGCAGCUUAAGGUGAAAUCUUUGUGAUACAAUCAAAAUUAACGCGUGGGGUUGUGUAUUUAAAAGAACAAACCUUCUAUAUCAUACUCGGAAAAAGGAAGAUUCAUAAUUAUAUUGUGAGAUUGUACUUCGUCCAAAUUAUCUACGAAAUAUGCUUAACUUAUAUCUUCAUUGAGAUCUUCAUAUAUUCACUCAGUGUUCUCACACGAAGUAUCGAACUUAUUAAAGAAAGUACAAACGACUGUGAAAAAAAAGUAUCCUGCGAAUUGUAA